UUCUUCUAAAGUUGUCUUGGUUCGAUAUUUUUAUAGAGUACACAUUAUAAUUGAACUUACUAUAGUGAUAAGGGUGGGCUAUAUUUUGUAUACUUUGUUAACAAGAUUUAUCGUUUGCAGGUUUUAAAAGCUUAGGUAGAUUAAGAAACCUGGAGAUUCUGGAUCUCUCUACAAAUGAUUUCAACUACAGCAUUUUUCCUUUUCUUGGUUCUGCUACAUCACUUAGAUCUCUCUUUAUUCGGAGUAACUACAUGGAUGGCCCUUUUUCUUUUAAAGAAUUAAAAAAUUUGACAAACUUGGAAUUGCUGGAUCUGAGUCAAAACAAUUUUAACGGUUCCAUGGCAGAGCUUAUUCACCUACAAAAUCUGAAAGCUUUGGAUCUAAAACUAAAGAAUCUGACUAACUUGGAAGUUUUGGGUCUUGCUGGGAGUAGAUUCAGGGGACCUAUACCAAUGAAAGUAGUUUGUGAAAUCAAGAAUCUCCGGGAGCUUGAUCUUAGCUCAAAUCAUUUUACUGGCCAGAUUUCUCUUUGCUUGGGUAGCUUGAACAAGCUACGUGUUCUUGACCUCUCAUUCAACCAAUUUAGUGGAAAUCUACCAUCUAGUUUCAGUAACCUCGAGUCCCUCGAGUAUCUAUCAUUGACAAAUAACAACUUCACAGGCUUAUUAUCGCUCAAUCCACUAGCCAACCUCACAAAGCUCAAGAUAUUCAAACUUUCAUCAACAUCUAACAUGGUACAAGUAGAGACAGAAAGUACUUGGCAGCCAAAAUUUCAACUGACUGUUGUUGUGCUACAAUUUUGUAGCUUGGAGAAAACCCCUUUCUUUCUUGUGUACCAGAAAAACUUGCGUCUAGUUGAUCUAUCCGGCAACAGAUUAUCCGGAAACAUUCCUACAUGGCUGUUGGUUAAUAAUCCGGAUCUUGAAGUUUUACAGUUGCAGACUAAUUCAUUCACUAUCUUUCAACUACCUAAUAGAGUGCACAACUUGCAAGUCUUGGAUGUUUCAGCAAAUGAUAUUGGUGAGUUGUUCCCUGAUAAUAUUGGUCGUGUGCUUCCGAAUCUGGUACAUAUUAAUUGCUCGAACAAUGGUUUCCAAGGGUAUUUUCCAUCGUCUAUGGGUGAGAUGAAGAACCUUACAUUCUUGGACAUGUCUUACAAUAACUUCUCUGGCAAGCUACAUAGAAGCUUUUUCACCGGUUGUUUUUCAGUACAAUACUUGAAGCUCUCUCACAACAAAUUUAGUGGUCAUUUUCUUCCAAGAGGAACCAACUUCACUUUGCUGCGCGUGUUGAGAAUGGAUAACAACUUAUUUACAGGGAAUAUUAGAGUUGAUUUGCUUAGAUCUAGUACAUUAUCAAUUCUUGACAUAUCCAAUAAUUCCCUCACAGGUGCUAUUCCAAGUUGGAUAUCUAAGUUAUCUCGGUUGGCUUUUUUAUUGUUAUCAAACAAUAUGUUAGAAGGUACAAUGCCACCUUCUUUGCUGCUCAUGCCUUCUCUUUGGUAUUUGGAAAUUUCCGGAAAUCUUUUGUCUGGAGGCUUACCGUCACAUGUUAAUGGUAUGAGAGGGAGACAUUUGUUCCUGCAGAACAACAACUUCACAGGGCCAAUUCCAAACACAUUUUUGGAAAGUGUCCAAGUACUUGAUUUGCGGAACAAUAAACUUUCUGGAAGUAUCCCACAGUUUUUUGAUACAGUGGACAUACAUAUUAUUUUAUUGAGGGGGAACAAUUUCACAGGAUCUAUUCCAAGACAGCUAUGUGAUUUGAGAAACGUCAGAAUUUUAGAUCUUUCAUAUAACAAGCUCAAUGGUUUCAUACCUGCAUGCCUUUAUAAUUUAUCAUUUGGACCAGGAGAAUAUGAGAAUAAGGAUAUCUAUAGUCCACCAGCUUUCGCUCUAAUAACUCUUCAACUGGGAUUUUACAAAUCCACAUUUGUGAAAGAAGAGUUCAUAGCAUACUACUUUACCUUCCAAGAAAUUGAAAUCAAAUUUACAGCAAAGCGAAGGUAUGAUUCUUAUACUGGAAGGUCUGCGUACGGCAGUGGUAUACUUGAUUAUAUGUAUGGGAUGGAUCUAUCAAACAAUGAAUUAAGUGGUGUUAUCCCAACAGAGCUUGGACAUCUCUCGAAACUACGAGCUCUCAAUCUAUCUCACAAUUUCUUGUCGAGUUCUAUACCAUCCAAUUUUUCCAAUCUGAAAGAUAUUGAGAGCCUUGAUCUUUCUUACAACAUGUUACAUGGAAGCAUUCCUCAAGAACUUAUCAGCCUUCAACGAGAAUAGUUACUUAGGUAAUUCUUUUCUUUGUGGACCACCAACCUCGAUAAGCUGCAAGGCUAAGAGGAGCUCGGAGGAAGGAGAAAAUGGAGGAGAAGGAGACGAUGAAUCUACCAGUAACAUGUUAGACUUUUAUUUUAGUAUUGCUUCAACUUAUGUGACUGCACUUAUAGGCAUUUUUGUACUUAUGUGUUUUGAUUGUCCUUGGCAUCGAGCAUGGCUCCGCAUUGUUGAUGCAUUCAUCGUCUCCCUAAAAAAUAUGGUGUCUUAAUUUCAUUUCAGCUUAGUUCUUAUAUAUUCUUGUCACAUGUAUCGUAAUAUUGAAAAAUGAUUUUGUUUAG